AUGGUUACUGUUGAAGUCACCUCGCCUUCUCUACCUGAUGUUCCUGUUAAUACAAUGGCACAAGAGACACAGGAAGAGAAUCAUGAUGCUUCUACGUCCACAGAAACUAAUACAGAUGCAUCUCAUGAAGUUCCAGUUAGUUCAGAUGCACAGGAGGGACUAGGAAUGGUUACUGUUGAAGUCACCUCGCCUUCUCUACCUGAUGUUCCUGUUAAUACAAUGGCACAAAAGACACAGGAAGAGAAUCAUGAUUCUUCUAUUUCCACAGAAACUAAUGCAGAUGUAUCUCAUGAAAUUUCAUCUAGUGCACUUGCACAAGAGGCAACAAUUAGAGUUCAAAAUUCCUUGCCUUCUCUGUCUAAAGAUUCUCAUGGUGCUUUUUUUAUUGAAGCUGAAACAGAUGCAUCUCAUGAAGUUCCAUUUAACCCCAACCUCCAGGAAAGCAAGGCAACGACUACUGGUAAAUUCGCAUCGUCUUCUCUUCUUGACACCUCAGUCAAUCAAAUGACUCGGGAAGUACAUGAAGAAGAAAAUGGCGCUUCUCUUCCUAUGGAAACUGAUACAGAUGCAUCUUUUGAAGUUCUAGCGAACCAAAGCGUACAACUGGCACUAGAAAAGGUCGCUAGCGAGGUCUCUUUGUCUUCUCUUCUUGAUGCUUCAGCUAAUCCAAUGGCACAGAAGACUGAAGAGAAGGUUGAUGGUGCUUUUCUUUCUUUGGAAACUGAUCCAGGUGCGACUCAUAAAGUUGCAUCAGCCAAAAACACACGAGAAAGUCAAGAAGUGGUUGAAAAAGAGAUAACUCCGCCUUCCUUGCCUGAUGUUGCUCAGGUUGUUAAUGACGCUGGAGAAGCCUCCGCAUCUUCACUUCUUGACGUUCCAAUCAGUCAAAUGGUACAGAUGGGUGAAGCAGAGCCGAAUCAUGGUUCUUCUUAUAUAGGGCCCAUGGUAGAUUCACCUUCUGAAUAUCAAGGAAAUCAAAACGUACAGGAACCACCAGAAAAGGUCGGUAAGGAUUCAAGUUCGUCUUCUCUUGCAAAUGUUCCGACGGCACAGCAUCCACAAGAAGAGGAAAAUGAUGCUUCUCUUCCUAAGGAAACUAUUACAGAAACUGAAACAGAGGCGUCUUUCCAAGCUCCAGAAAGCCAUUAUGUACAAGAUAGUCAACAGAAUGUCGCUAAAGUGCUCACAACAUCGUUGCUUCUUGAUGAUCAGGUCAGCCCAGUAGCACAGGAGGCACGAGAAGAGGCACAAGAAGAGGCACAAGAAGAGGCACAAGAAGAGGCACAAGAAGAGGCACAAGAAGAGGCACAAGAAGAGGCACAAGAAGAGGCACAAGAAGAGGCACAAAAAGAAGUUGAGGGCCUUCCUCUUUUUGUAAAAACUGAAAGAGUUCCAUCAUCUGAAGCUCUAGCUGUUCCAAAAGUACAGGAGGAACGAGAGGAUGCUAAUAGUGUACCACUUCCCAACGAAACCGGGGUUCUGACUGACAUUGCCAACAAUGAAGCAAAUGAAGACAAUCCUGGUAAACAACAACCAUCGUCUACCGUUUGGAAAAAUAAGGAGGGUGCCACUUCUAAUGUUCCAUCUCAUCAAAUGCCAAUUCAGAAAAAAGUUAAGGUUGCGAAUGAGCUGCCUACGUCAUCCAUCACGAUGAAAACGACUACGACUGCAUAUAAUGAUGUUAAAAUCCCCCUAGCUGAUAAAUUAGCAUCAUCGAAAGUGCGGAAGCAUAGUGAAAAAGAGGCAUCUCCCGCUGCUUUAAAAGCAAAAAAGGAUUCAACAAAGAGUGUUAUAACAGAUAAUUCACCAGGUAAGCUGAGACAUGUUGUUGCUCUAACCUCGUUCGUAUAUAGUUUAUAA